AAAGAGACAGCGAAAGCAAGAUAGCAACAGUUCAACUCAUACAUCAUCGGCUCUUUAUGUGACUUGUCAUCAAUGCAAGUUGGGAUAGUCGGCCAAUGGACUUGUGUACUGAGGCCAAUAAAAAUCCCACUUGAUUAUCCUGCAUAAAACCAGAUUUUUGUGCAAUUUUUUUUUUCUUGUAUAUUUAUUCACCAUUAGCAGAUUGCAUUUAGAAGAGAAGCAAUGAAAAUAUAUAGAGCAGAAACAGGACAACAAGUCAACUUACAGUCAACUAAAGAUAUUACUUCGCUAAAUGACUUGAAACUUGAGUUAGAGCGUAGCAUAGGUGUGCCUAUGCACAGUCAAAUAUUGAUGACAAGUUUUGGAACACAAGUGAAAGAGAGCAAUUUAAAAGAAAUACUAGAGGCAACAGACCAAAAUGAAUACAUUUUAUUUUGUUAUGAUCGACAAUAUCUUGACGCUCUUCCAGAAGAAAUAUCAAAUCUAUUAGAUGUAGAGACUCCUAAAUUGGAACCAAGAAUAUCUGCAUUUGAUGGCAGUGAAUCAUUAAAGUCAAUAGAAAAGUCAUUAAAGAGCCGUACAGUCUCCCAAAGUUGUGAAUCAUAUCUAUCAUUAUUCACAAGUUUUGAUGAUUACAGUCAGUCGCUCAUCAAGACGUCAGCAACGCACACACAACUUGCGAAAACAUUGGUGGAUGAGCAAAAGCUACAACGAAUGGCGUUAAACGUAGCCAUGACCAACUUGGAAGCACACAAUAAAUCAAUCAAUACGAAUGUCAAGGCCUUUGUCGCCGCAGCAGAGAAAGAAAGAACGAGACAGUCAACAUUGAUCCAGUCUUUACAGAAUGACCUUGACAUACUAAAGCACGUUCGUAUUCAUCCGACGAUAUUACAUCAAUUAAACCUCUCACAUAAAAGCAAAGAAAAAUUGAUUGAUUUUGUGGAUCAAGCAUAUAUCGAGCAAGUGAGAAUAGAUACAAUCAAAUUAUGUGAUUUCUUGUCACAAGAGAUAAGGGACAUGUUGGACAAAAUAGCUGAGCUUGAACAGUGCGAACAAGAGGUUUUGACAGACAUUGCCAACAAGAACAAUUUGCAUAUUUUGGAUGCGACCUUGGCAGAUAUACAACAACUUUAUAAAAAGGCGCAAUAUUUAAAAGAUACAAGAAAAAGAGAUAUAGGAAGAGUAUCUGAUAAGAUAGCAGGCAUGCUUAAUAUACCCAUCACAAAGCUAUUUGCAUCACUUUCUAUUCAAAAUUCAUCACAACAACAACAACAACAACAAACAAAUAACAAACCAUCGCAUGACUCUAAAAAAACAUUAGACUCUUUUCGUCAUCUAGCUGAAUAUCAUGUUCAAAACUAUUUACCUCAAUUAGCCAGCUAUGAACAGUUCAUACGCCAAAAAGUGACGACAUUGGCUAUAUCCAAGAGAAACUCAAUACAGGAAUUCAUAAAGUAUAUGAACGCAGUAUCGCAAAUUCAAAGUGAGAUUGCUUCAAUAGAACCACGAUUGAAUUCAGCAAAAGAAUACCUGGAUGAGUUUAAGAAAAAAUACGAAACAUAUGAUCUUGGAAGCGUUCGAGAUAUACUGUUUGGUUAUGGUGCUUUAAUGAUUGAAAUAGUGCGUAGAAGAGAAUACGUUCAGUUGUUGGCUGAAAAUGCAACACUAUUAGCAGAUAUCAUGUCAAGAUAUAGAAAUGAGGAAGAGCAGAGAAGAGAUUUUUUUAGACGAAAGAUAGCCAAGAUACUUCCUCUCAAGAUGUCAAUCAUGGAUGACUCACCUCCGCAAUGUGAAAUUACAGCAAAUGUAUCACCUGUGACAGAUAUGACACUUCAAAAGAAAGAUAUUAUAGACUUUAUUUCGCUUUUGGGACAAGCGUAUGCUCAAUCACCUUCAUAUAAUCGACGUCCACUCAGUAGCAGCAAAUCUUUAAAGCGAUUGAUCACACAACAGACCAACGAAGACGAAAAGCUUUAUAGUGUUCUCAAAUUGAUGUAUAAACAAUUAGAUUCCCUCAAGGCCGACUUUUUAAAGAGUAUAGAAUCUGACUUAUUUGGACCUGGAAGUAUUGACUCGGUAAGAAUAAAAAAUGCAUCAAAGAGAGAGGACAAAGAGAGCCAAGUCUUAUCCGAUGACGAGAGAAAGAUCUAUGAAGCAAAGAUUCAAACCCUAGAACGAACUCUCCAGUUACGCAGUGAGAGUAAAUAUAGUACCUCUUACUCACUUGUCAGCAAUGAUACGACAUCAGAGGAGACGAAAUCAAAAUUGAUAGAUACAGAAAAAAGACUAUUAGAGAUGAAGGAUACCAAUGAACGACAAAAGCAAGAAAUUGAGGAAUUGAAAAAAGCAUUACAAAAAUUGGAACAAGAAAAGAACCAAUGUGAAAAUGAAAAGGAAGACCAAAGGCUCCAAAUUCAAGAACUAGAGCAACUUUUGGAAGAAGAAAGACAAACCUAUGAGCAUAACCGACAAAGUUUGUUGAAUGAGGCCAAGAUUAAAGACAAUUUAGCAGAUAUCCGUAUAGCAGGCCUCGAAGAAGAUUGGAAAGGUAAAAUAAGUGAUUUGCAACGUGCUCUGGAAGAAGAAACACGUACUCUUAAUGAACUCCGUCUUCGACACGACGCAGAAAUAAGUGAUCUUAGAUUUGAACAUGAUACCCGGCUUCGUGAAAAAGUGGAAGCGAUUAACAAUGAAAAGCGCGAGCUUGCAUUACUUGUUGAUCAAUUGCGUGAGGAUUUAGCGUCGGUCAAUCAGUCAUUAGAGGAAGAACGAGAAAAGUAUGAGGAGCGUUUGACUGAGCUACAGACAGAAAUUGCAGAAAGUGAAAGAGCAAAAGAUGAAAUCAAGCUCCUCCAGCAACAAACAAGAAUGAUGGUGAAUAGAGCUCAAGAGGAUUGGACGAUGAAGAACGAAGAGUUGAAAAGGAUUAAAGAUGAGCAAAUGAUAGUGAGAUCUGCGAUUGCAGAGCUCUUAUCGAGGUAUAUGGGUGAAGGUGCGCAGAUUACGGAAAAUACCGAUCUCGAGCCUAUCAUUCGUGCUUUCCAGCAAAAUUUGGAUCAGUUCACUGCACAAGCGAACUUGACACAAGAGAAUUAUGAGAAUUUGGAACAGGAAGCGGCUGAUUUAAAUCAAAGGUAUCAAGAGUUAUUAGAGACACAUCAAGAAUGGAGACCAAUCGCUAUUGGUAUGGCUGAAAAAUUGGAGGACUAUCGCAAGAUGAUGUUGUAUGAGAUUAUCAAUCAGUUCCAGAUACCCGCUGAUGAGGCUGAGCUCAAUAUAUUGUCCAGAAAGAUAACACCUAGUGAAGAUGAUGCUGCCAUGUGGAACGAAAUCCUUCAACUGGCAUCGUCCAUUGAUCAUCAAAAUAUCACUAGACGACUUCGUAAGCGCGUGAAAGAAGUUCAUGAAUUAGCAAGACAGUACAAAAAGGACUACAAGGAAUUGAAAGAAAAAUAUAUAAAAUUAUCAGCUAAAUUAAGUGAAAAGAUUUCUUUUCGAAACUUCAAAGUAGGUGACAUCGCUCUAUUCUUGCCCACACGCAACUCGGGUGGAAAGCCAUGGGCAGCUUUUAACAUUGGAUCACCUUAUUAUUUUUUAUCACCUGCUGGUGCCACCACAUUCACCACAAACAGCUCAGAAUGGAUCGUAGCCCGAAUCACACAUAUUACCGAACAUAUCGUGGACGAGAGUGACCCUAAUCCUUAUGGAUUAGCACCACAAGUGAAGUAUUAUGAGCUAGAGGUAGAAUGUUGGAAGAAUCAGAAAGCAAGUAAUAAAAAGAAGCCAAACUUCAUCGACUCAGGACUAGCCUCCAUUCCUGUUGAUAAUCGUAAACGGCCCUCAUUUAUGGCAUCUUCAUCCAACAUCGUCCACAGUACAUCUCCUCCCCAUGAUGCACUAAAACGAAGGCGCAGUGCAACAGGUGUUUAAUAUAUAUAUACCCUCUUUAUUGAUAAAAAUAAACUUGUCUUAUUAUAUCUACAUAGUAUCUUUUCUUGCAACAUCACGCUGCAUAUCAGCAAAGUUACUUGUUUUACCAUGAAUACUGUGUUCCAGUUUUAACAAUUCUGCCACAAACCCAAUAUUGGGUGAUGCUCCAGGCCUUUCCUUGACAAUGAGUUGGUAAGCUCUUUUCAAAGUCCACUUUUCAGAGAGAACAAGAUAAGCCAAGAUGACGGCGACUGACCUUGACUUGCCUGCUUUACAAUGCACAUAGACCGGUUCAUAAUGUCGUCUUGCAGUAUCUAU